GAGUCGUCUCUUUGUAUAAAAUCUGAAAAACCACAAAACCCUUAAUAGUUUAUAUUUAGAGUUGAGACUACUUCGGCGUUGCUCACCAACCUAACUUCGGUUCUACUUCAUACAAAACUCGUGUCCUCCUCUCUUGUUAUAUAAGGGUCUCUUUUGUUUCAGUGUCUUUGGUCUCGUGUUUGUGUAGAGAUGGAGAACAAGACAGAUAAUGGAAACGAGGAUGGUCCAAUAAUACAUACCCAAGUUGAGAAGAUAAAGAAAGAGUUUGAGAAGAUAAGGCAACCAUCGCUGCAACAACCGGAGAUGAGGAGGGUUCUUAGCGAGAUCAAGAGGCGUCAACGUUCACGUUCUCCUCUUGGUUUAGGGGAGAGAUCUAUUUCCGUUGGGAAUUGAUCCAUGUUUGACUUUGUAAUCAAGAGAGAUAGAUAAAAAAAAAGGAGGUAGAGGUGGUUCCUAAUAGUUCACAGGUUUUGUUGUAUAUAUUUUGCUAUGUAAAUACUCUUUGGUUUGAAUAGUAAAAAUCUUUUUCACUU